UAUGACUUAAAGCCUAAAUAAAGGUCUAUGUUACAAGGGCAUAAAAUUAAAAACAGUAUUUAGUUGGCUGUAUUUUAUAAAGCAGUAAUCAUUAAUCAACGUUUAUAAGCAAUUUUAUCAUCGUGUGUUGCUGACAAGUCUUUAAUUCAUUUAUGAGAUACAUUUUCUAAGACCUAGUACGAUCGAAAGGACAUUUAUUAAUUUAGUACAUAAUUCAGUAUGGCGGAUUUGACUACGAUUGAUUUAACAAAUUCUUUGUGUUUAGUAAAUCACAAUGCUUUGUCUAAUUUAAUCAUUGAAAUAGAUGAUACAGACGAUUCUUUUUCUGGGGAUAUAGCUUUUCAGAGUACACCAAUAAGACCUGCAUCGAAAAAACUACGACAAUCACUCGUACAAAAGAAGAAAUUGGAUGGGUCACCAGAGAAUACACCAGAUUCUAAAAUUGGAGAAUGCUCUAUUUGUUGUGAAAGAUUAGGGAAAAGACCAGUUUCAUCGACAAUGUGUGGACAUAUUUUUUGUACAGCCUGUAUAGAAACAGCAUUACGUCAUGAUAAAAGAUGCCCACAAUGCAGGAAGACAAUGAAAGGAGCAAAUAAAUAUCAUCCAAUAUAUAUACCAUUAGAAUCUAAAUGAAAAAUUUUAUAGGAGUAUAUGUCAUUUUAUUUAACUUAUUAAUACUAUCCAACUUUUUGUAUAACUAUUUUGACAAUUUAGAUUUUCUCUUAUUGACAUGUAUGAAUUACUAUUUCAUAUAUAAGAUUAAAAGAAAACAUUAGUUAUCUGAUGGUUGUAAUAUUUUAAAAGGGAUAAAUAUAAUUCUCCAUUUCCACAAUUAAUUUCAAUCUAAUUUUAAAAUAAAUGUUAUGUAUAAAUUUUAUUAAGGUUAUAGUGAAUUUGAAUCUUCUGUUCCAUAAAUGUAAUGUAUUAUUUAAACACUUGUAAAUUUAUGUUAUGUAAUGUGAUAUUAUUUUAUGACCAAUGCCUAAAUCAUAUCAGAAGGUUUUGGCUUUGGCAACUUUGUACCUGUAAAUUAUAAUAAAUAGUCAAUGCUUGAGCAAUAUUAAAUGUCACUAGUAUGAA